CGAUGGCGCUAUAACAAAACCUACAAAAAACCACUGAAUAUUCUAGUAAAGUCGAACUCAACAGUAUAUUAACAGUAACGGCAUUUUACAGUAUCUGUUAACAUGGUAGCUAUAAAAAUUAUUCUUUUGCUUAGCCUGGCGGCAUACGUGGCGUGUAGUGGCAGUGAUAAACCAGCAAAAAAAGCCAGUACUACAGCAGUGUUGUCUGAUGAUGAUGACAGCGAGUCCAGUAAAUCAAAUGAUACACAAAGCGAAGAUAGUCCAAUAAGCGAAGAAGAUGUUGAUGAUGAUGAUGAUAAAGAAGAAGAAGAUGAUGAUGAUGAUGAUAAAAAAGAAGAAGAAGAAGAUGAUGAUGAUGAUGAUAAAGAAGAAGAAGAUGACGACGAUGAUGAUGAUAACGAAGAAGAAGAAGAUGAUGAUGAAGAAUUAUGUAUUUAUGAAGACGAUGAUGAUUCCUCAUCAGAUGAUGACACUGAAGUAACGUCUCGUAGCCGGAAUAGUAGAAGAAGUGUGUACUUUCAUAAAAAUGGCAACUUAAGAGACGCAUUUUUUAACCAAGGUGGUAUAACCGUAGAAUUUAAAGGCGAUCAAGUCUUCAUCGAUGGCAAACUAAUACCGGAUACUAAACCAAAAGACAUAUUUUUCAUAAAAUGGCGUGGAGGUUCACUCGAGAUCAACGGGAAAAAAAUUACAAUCGUCGAUGGAGUAAAAGGAGCAGGAACCAUGUUUUUUUAAAUUACAAAAAAAAAAAAAUCAUGAAGCAAUAAUCUACAAUAAAAAACAAAAAUUAAAUGUAUCUAAAUUCAUAAAUUACAAGCUGAUUACCCAUACAUAAAAAAAUAAUAAAAAUUAUAAUU